AUGGCGCACGACGACGAGUUUGGGCUCAAGCGGUCUUCGGGGGUAGACUACAGCCAAGUGCGGGAUCGGCAGAUCGACGACCACCGCUUUGAGAGGCAACGCUCCAUCCGAGCGGCCUCAUCAGCGCCACCUGUAGAGCAACCCAACCAUGCCGCAGCUCAAGUUGCAGCCCCGCAGUCCGCCACCAUGGACGCAUUCAUGCGGAUGAUGACGGGAAAGGAAGAACGCACUAUUGCCGACCGAAUCAGUGAUCCAAACCGGCCUACAUGGGAGCAGUACAAGAAGGAGAACGCUGACAGAUUGGAUCUUAGUGGCAAUGGAGAGAAGGAGAUGAAGGCGUACAGGAAGAAAUUGGAUGCUGCUAGGGAGAAGAAACUCGCUGGAUCCGGUAGCUCCAAGAAGCGGAAGAAAAAGCACAAGAAGCGAUCGCGCUCUUCGUCAUCGGAUGAGUCGAGUAGUGAGGACGAGCGUCGACGGUCCAAGCACAAAAGUCGCAAGAAAAAGAAAAGCCACAAGCGUCGACGGAGAUCUCCCGACUCGGACAAUAGCGAUUUAGACUCGGACGACGAUCGCUCUCGACGACGCAAGCGCUCGAAGAAUAGCAAGAAAUCGUCGUCGCGCAGGAAAGAUCGGGACGCUUCGCCCUCACCCACUGUUCAUACGUUUAUACAACGAAACAACACAGCUGGUAUCUUGAGUCAACCGCAUCUUUGCUCAAUCUGUAUCAUUGCCGUCGCGUUCAUCUGUCGCAGUCACUUGCGAACCUGCGCGAUGACCGACACCGAGAACAGGAGGAAGUUCAUGGAGCUGCUGCGGCAGGGCGUGCUGCACAAGGUCCAGCAGCAGCAGCAGACCAAAGCGGUCUUGUCAUCAGAUUCCGCGGGUAAAGAAGAAACUCUUCAAACUGAGACGACCGAUGAAGUGCGACGCGCCUCGCUGCCUGAACGCGGCAUGAGCGCUGCGAGUAUUGCAGCGUGGCAGACACUGGCGUGGCGAGACGCUUUCUCCAUGGAGCCAUAUUUCCACGAGACUGUAGACGGUAGACCGCUGCGUAUCAAGCAGGUGCUGCAGGGAGAGCUCAAUGGUUUCGGUACCGGCCUCACUGUGUGGCCUGCUGCCUGUGUGCUCUUGAAGCACUUGGAACACCGAGCCACUUCCAACCCUAGAGCUCUGGUGGAUUCCGUCAGCCCAUUCGUGCUGGAGCUGGGAAGUGGAACGGGUGCGGUGGGGAUUGCGGCGGCGAUGCUGCUUCGAGCCGGAAGAGUCGUGCUCACGGACAUGGACAACGUCCGCUUCAUCAUGCAGGAGAACGCAGACUUAGCACGGCAAGAUGUGGGGGAAGUCUCCGUCUGA